CUGAAAUCCUCUUUUUUCUCCUAUUGUGCAACGCAGUCACCGUUACGUAGUUACAUCGUAGUUUUUACGCACGCACACACAUACAUGCACACACACAUAUAUAUAAAUAUAUAAAUAUCAUUCACACAGUUGAGUCAAAGUUGUACUAGGCAAACUUGCCGGAUGAACAGGAGCACCGUGAAUUGAGAGAAUAUUCAAUAGCCUUUAGGCUAGAAUUUCGCGCUAUUUGAGUGGCUGUAGGCGAACCACUUCCAUUUCAUAAUUUAAUUCUCGUUCAGGUUCUCCUUAACCAGGAAUACAUAUACCCUAGUGUAAUCACCAUUGCUACUUUCCUGAUUGAAGCUUUCCUGAUUUGUAAAAUAUAAACAUUGUAAAUUCACAAGCUCAAGGUUUACUGCUGUUUUUAAAUUUACCUUGCAAGACAGUAUUAAUAUAGGAAAUGGUCAUGGAGGCAUCCCCUUCACCUCAAUGCGUUGGCCGUGAAUUUGUCCGGCAAUAUUAUACCUUGCUCAAUAGAGCUCCUACUCACUUACAUCGGUUUUAUAACAACUAUUCAUCUUUUGUUCAUGGGAGUGUAGAUUCUAGUAGAGAACCUAAUCCAGCAAUAGGUCAAAAACAAAUACAUCAAAAGAUACAAGCAUUAAACUUUCAGGAUUGCCAUGCUAAAAUUAAUCAAGUAGAUUCACAGUCAACUCUUGGUAAUGGAGUUGUUGUUCAGGUCUCUGGAGAAUUAUCUAAUGCAGGUCAUCCAAUGCGUCGAUUUACUCAAACAUUUGUUCUAGCAGCACAAGCUCCUAAGAAAUAUUAUGUUCAUAAUGAUAUUUUUCGAUAUCAAGAUUAUGGUUAUACAGAUGAAGAGGACGAAGAAAUAGAAGGUGAAAGUAACACUAAUGAAAAUGCUAAUGAAAGAGAAAGUGAAGUUGAAAAUACUAGACCAGAAAAUGAAGAAGAGGAUCAACAAAGUGAAACUCAACAAUUGACAACUAAAAUGUCAAAUAUUGAUUUGCAGAGUCCAACACAACAAGUUUCUUCAAUGAAUCAACAGCAACAACAAAUUUAUUAUACCAUGCCUCCCCAGCAGCAAGUUCAUCCAGUUAUUCAACAAGUGACAAUUAAUGGCUCUAUUCAUGAUGAUUCUUCAAUAAUGUCUCAACAAUCUAUUCAAUUACAGCAAUCUUCUUUACAACAGCAGCAAUAUGUUGCUGAAACAGCUACUCAGGAGCAAUAUCAGCAAGAUAAUCAACCAAAUUCACAACAGCAACAACAAUUAACAAAAACUGAUAAUAAUAGUACAUCUGAGGAGAUACAUCAAGAACCAGAAUCUGAACAGAAUUACACACUAUCUUCUGCAGGCAGUGAUGCAGAUCAUCAAAUCAUAUCUCAAAAUAUUAGUAAUAAUGGACCCAAAACAUAUGCUAAUUUGGUUAAAUCUUUUCCAUCUGCUGGAACAACUAGUCCACAAGUAUCAAAACCCCAAAUAUCAAUUUCACCACCUCCCAGUUUGCGAAGUGAUGACCGUGUAUCGUCUUAUCAAUCUUCUGUGGGAUUAUCACUUUCUACAUCUCCUGGUAGUCAAAUAAAUCAUGUACAUAGAGUGAUUCCUCAACAGCCAUCACAACAGCAACAGUACCAGCAAAGAUUACCUCGAACUGGUGGUCUUAUACAAAGAGAUGGUGAGCAUCGAACUGGACGUCCUGGAUUUCCUGAUUCACAUCAACUUUUUCUUGGAAAUUUACCGCAUAAUGCUUCUGAAAGUGAUUUACGACAAGUUUUUGAACGUUAUGGUCGUGUAGCAGAUCUUCGUGUGCAUAGUAAGCAAAAUGAUCGUUCAAAAGGUCCACAAGGAACUAACUCUACAAGAGUUCCAAACUAUGGAUUUAUCACUUUUGAAGAUAUGUCUGUUGUAAAACUAGUUUUGGCUGACUGUCCCAUUUACUUCCCUGAUAAACAUGGCCAAAAAUUGAAUAUUGAAGAGAAAAAAGUUAGACCAAGAGAAGUAGCUGGUGGUAGUGGUCGAUCCAAUUUGGGUGAUAAUAACAUGCGCCCAUUGGCUACACAGCAACAACAGCGUGGAUCAGGUGGUCCAGCGACAAUGAUGCGUGGUGGUCAGCAUGGAACACGUGGUCGUGGUGGCUACAAUCGUGGGGGAGGAGAAGGAGGUCGAGGGGGACUCAGACAACAAAGUGGCAACCCAAACAACCAAAAUUAUCAGACCCGUCGCUAGUAUUUUUGAAAACGUUUUAAUAUUACAUCUUGGUACAGUUCUUCUACUUUUUAGAUAAAAUGUCAAUAUCAAAACAUCAAGAAAAAAUGGAUAUAAAGGAAAUUAUAGAGCAUUGCUCAAUAAAUGACUGAAAGACAUGAAAUGAUAUGCAAAUUCGAAAAUUGACAUUUCGAUAGAAAAGAGAUUGAAUUUUUAUCAGAUUUUCCAAUAAUAGUUAAUGCCGGGCAAACUUAAAACCUGAAUUGUACCAGAGAAACAAUAUAUUAUUAAGAGAAUUAAAACAUAAAUAAGUUUAAGUAUGAACGUAUAGAUUAUUUUUUAUUAUCAUAGUUGUCAAUCUAAAUUUUUUAUGCCUAAUUUAUUAGAUACUAAUUUUGAGAUUUCACAUAUUUUCUUAUAUUUGUGCUCAGUUCCUUAAGGUAGAAGACAUCCAAUUCAUGCUUUUUUUUCUAUGUAUACUUUUUUUUCAACUUAAUCAACUUAUGCUUCAGUUACACAUUUGCAAUUGAAUCUUAGUUUUGUUAAAUUCAUAUGUUAUAACAUCAGGUUGUACUUAGUUAUUAAGCUAUAUUUUUAUUAAUCACUUGCUUAAGUCAAUUAAUUAGUGUUCAAUUAUAUCAACAAAUGCAAAAAAGGACAAAAAGAAAUUAUAUCUAUAUAUUUAAUUAUCAUUAUCUGAAUAUCUAAGUUUAAUGCUCAGUAGUUAGAUUUUUCGUGGCAUCCACAUACAUUGUACAAGACUAUUCUAGAUGAGUUUAUUAAAGUAUAAACAACAUAUUUUAUAGAUCAAACAAAACUAAAUUUGAUAUUACAUAAAUUUUUAAAAUUUUGCUUAGCCUAAUUAAUAUUUGUAUUACUUUUGUACUCUAUUCCAUCUUCAUCAAAUAGUAAAUUUAUGAAGCUGAAUACAAACUGCUUAACAUUAACUAUCAUUAUAAUAAAUUUCUUAUUAUAUGUUUGUUAAUUAUUAUUUUCGUAAGACUUUCAGAUAUUAUCAAUCACAAAUUUAAUUACAUAAUGUAUAUAACUGAAGAAGGUUUAUAUAUUUAAGUUUGAGAAUAAAUCGACUACUGUUAUCGAUUAACAAAUACAUUCAGAAAUUACAGUAAUAAUAAUCUUCAGAAAGACAGUCGAAAAAUGUAAUCAUUAGACAAUGCAGUUACAUACAUAAGUAUGGCUUACAAAAAAUAAUAUAUAUGCAAGAAUAUGCAAUUUUACCUUUUUUCUGGGAAAUCUUCAAAAUUUAAUUAUUUCAAAAAUUUUCUAAAUUUUGGCAAACUUUUCUUAUAGAAUAACAAAUGUGAAAUAAUCCUAUUUUUCAUAAAAAACGUUAUCAUUUUUUUCAGACAGCUUGGAUAUGCUUUUUCAUGGGUUAUACUGUGAUUUAAGAAACGUAUCCCUGUUUAUUUAUUUACAUAUAUGUUUGUAAUGUUAUGGAAAAUUAUAUACUAUACUUUUAAGUAAAAAUACAAUACAGACGAAAAGUGAGAAAAAUAGUGGAACAAAAUUACAGUAAUUUAGUGAAAAGGUAAUAAAAAACAAACUAUAUUGGUUGAA